AUGAACAAGCUUUGGUCUUACAAUCAGACUCACAAACCAAAGGAGGCUGGAAUGGGACAAAACAUGAGAGUGGUGAAGAUGGCCGCAAUAUGUGUGAUUGAAAAAAUAUCUGGCUUUUGGGAUGAUGUUAAAGGGACACAGAGUGGAGAAGAGAUGGAGAAAUUUGUGUGUACAAGUGAAGUUGUGAUUGAAGUUUGGGAAGGAGGGUGUGUACGGGUCUAUGGUCAAGGAAUCUAUACAUGGAAGUGUGAAGAUGGGAAGGAAGUCCCAUCGAAUAACAUUUUAUUUAAAGGGUACAAUUUGUCAUUGUAUCUCGCGUUCGACAAAGCCACUACCUCAACCGUUCGCAUAGAUUCGCUGUGGUCGAAAAAUCUGCGUGCAUUCAGGGAAACAUUGCAGUUCAAGCACGUGUCAUUGAUAUUGACUUGGAAACCUGGCAUGGGAGUUGUUACUGUUUCUACCUCAGCUUCUAGGACUCCAUUAAGAUUUAGUACAAAGUUGAUCAGUCGGCAGCAGGCACAUAAACGACCCCUAAUUGUAGCUUUUAAAAGAAAUAAAUCGAGUAAAACCACUUUGGUUUCACCUCAGGAGAAAAUUCCCCUACCUGUAGAAACGGCAAAGAAACACCAGAAAAAGAUAGGAAAGACUAAUGAGUCGCUGAAGAGAGUGAGAGCUGUCUCUACUGAUGAAACCCCUCCAGUCACCUUGGAUGUGGACUACAAUGAAGCUGCAGCCAAACUUGAAAAUAUAUAUAAACUCAGCUCUGCAGCUGAUACUUGUAACGCAGAAGAUAUAGAAAGUAAAAUCAAGAGAGUAUUGCGGGGAAGGAAGAAAGUUGGUGAUGAACAUGAUCACAGAAAUGAUGAUAAUGUGGUUAGAAACCAGAAUAAAAAGGCCAAACGAUUGAGUCUCGAUAAGAGGAUUGCAUUGAAAAGGAAUGCAAAAGAGGAGGUGAUUGUUCAAGCCCAGAAGAAAAAAGCUGUUAAUAGAAUAGAGAAUAUUGAUGCGCUUAUCAGGGAAUAUUCAGCAUCAACUGAUUUAGUUAGCAUGGAUUGGAAGAAAAUGAAAAUUCCGCCAGUUCUUCCUUCUUCAGAACAUGCAUGGCUAUUUAAGUUGAUGGAACCUAUGAAGGCACUCCUACAAGUGAGAGAAGAUUUACAGGCAGCAGGGAAAGAAAUUACAGAUGGUGAACUAGCAGAUGCAACAAGCAUUAGCAUUGUUCAAGUAAGGAAAGCUAUGGAGGUUGGUCAAGCUGCGAGAACCAAGCUCAUAAAGCACAAUCUCCGGCUUGUAUUGUUCGUAAUUAACAAAUAUUUUCAAGAUUUUGCAAGUGGCCCAAGGUUUCAAGAUCUUUGUCAGGCUGGAGUUAGGGGACUCAUCACAGCAAUUGAUCGAUUUGAGUCAAAAAGGCGACUUCAGCUAUCUACAUACAGUCUAUUUUGGAUAAGACAUUCAAUUGUUCGUUCCAUAACCCUCUCAAGCUUCACACGUGUUCCUUUUGGACUUGACCGGGUUAGGUCAGAUAUCCAUAGAACAAAACUUGAGUUGGCAUUUGAGCUCCAGAGGUCACCAACGGAAGACGAGGUAGUAGAAAGAAUUGGGAUUUCCCCUGAAAGAUAUUAUGACGUAAUGAAGGCAUCGAAACCCAUUCUAUCCCUUCAUUCAAGACAUAUAACCACAGAUGAAGAGUUUAUUAAUGGGAUUACUGAUGUUGAUGGUGUUAAUGGUGAUAAUAGAAGGCAACUGGCUGUGUUAAGACUUGCUCUGGAUGAUGUGCUUGAUUCCCUGAAGCCAAAGGAGAGUUUAGUGAUCAGACAGAGAUAUGGACUUGAUGGCAAGGGUGACAGAACAUUGGGAGAAAUUGCUGGGAACUUGAACAUUUCGAGGGAAAUGGUUCGGAAGCAUGAAGUCAAGGCUCUCAUGAAGCUCAAGCAUCCUGCACGUUUGGAUUAUCUUCGUCGCUAUGUUGUAUAA